UAUCAUCAGGAACAGGAAGCAGUUUUGUAAACAGGUGAAGUGGUUUUGGGCUUGGCUUCGACAACUGUUGAAAAUUGUAAUUACAACCUGACAACAGUUACAGUUUCACAUAUAUUGCUUACAACAGAAGCUCAGCAAGAAAGAAGUGUGGAGGGCUGUCAGCGAAUUGUAGUGAGAAAGCUGACAGUGAGUGACACAUCUUUUGGAAAAAAAUGUUGCAACAAGGUGCUGCCACGAUGCAAUAAUCUGCAGCAGCCUGCCAACAGAUUCAUGUCCCUACCACGAUGCAACAAUCUGCAGCAGCCUGCCAAUGGACCGAUGUCCCUACCACAAUGCAACAAUCUGAAGCAGCCUGCCAAUGGACUGAUGUCCCUACCACGAUGCAACAAUCUGCAGCAGCCUGCCAACGGACUGAUGUCCCUACCACGUUGCAACAAUCUGAAACAGCCUACCAACGGACUGAUGUCCCUACCACGAUGCAACAGGAGGCUCAGGUACCCGCCCCCUCAUUUGCAACAGAUUCCCCACAACAAACUGGAACCAUCGAAGACCUUGGUGCAGUCGGCGGUAGCAACUACCCUACCGUUUCUGGUUCUAGUGGAGUAAACGUCACUUACAACUUCCCGUUGGAGGGACCAGGAGUGCCUGCACCCAGACUUCUGCAUAGUCGGAGACCAGACCAAGAUCCAAAAUUGACAGAUCCCUGCCAAGAAGCUGGAGUGCCUGCACCCAGACCUCAGCAAAGUCAGAGACCAGACCAAGAUCCAAGGUGGACGGAUCCCAGCCAAGAAGCUGGUAAAAAGACUAGGGAUGUUUUGAAAGGAGUUUAUAAAACAACGUGCAGUUCUGUGAAGUUGUUGCCUGGUGUUGAUAAUGACCAAAUGCACAUAGCUGGUAUAAACACGAAAGUACAAUUUAAAACACGGGAAGGGAGAGCAUUUGUCACUGGCCAAGAAGACAUUAUUACCUCAACGGAUUAUUCCAAAAUAUUCAGAAGGAGAGCAAGAUUUGGGGAACUCAUCAAACGCCUCAUUUUCUUUGGCACGGGAAUAGUCGGAGUGUCAACCAUGUUUGAUAAGAUUGCAUACGACUGGGCCGAUGAGACAAGUGAAAUCCUGAACGGAUUCAAGCUUGUCUUUCUUUUAAAGAUGUGUGCCCUGUCGCAAAAAUCUGAUCUUGUUGAUUCAACUUUUGAUCAACUUCUUGGCAAAAAGUCUGGAAUAGAAAAGGAUGAACUUGAUCAAUUCAUCCUGGCCAACCCAAAUGAGGUCUUGAUUCUUUUGGACGGUUUUGAUGAAAUGAAGACCAAAAAACUCAAUGCAGCCUCAUUCGGUUCUAUCCUGAAAGCACUCAAUAGAACAGUGUACAAGGAAUGUCUCGUAUGUAUCUCCACUCGCCCCUCUCAUCUUAAGAUACUGAUGCCACUGAUGUCACUGAUGUCAGAAACACUUGUCCAAGAUCCUUGCACACAUGUAGAGGUUCUGGGGUUUACUGACGAGGAUGUUAAUGACUACGUUCAGAAAUUCUACGACAAAGAUCCUGAUAUUGGCAAAGCACUAAUCCAAACCAUCGAAAAGUCUAACACACUGCGUUAUUUUGCUAAGACGCCUGUGUUGCUCUUUCUCAUGUGUUUGUUGUGGAGGAAGAGUAAACAACUCCCCAAAACAACUUCACGCCUCUUCACUGAGGCAAUCGAUCACAUGUUCACAAGAAAACAUCUCUCUGGAUACUAUGCAUCAAACACAGUGAUUGCCAUAGGAAAAAUUGCGCUGCAUGGACUCACAAGUGCCAACCAGAAAUUCUCAUUUCAAGAAGAUGAGUUUGAACCGAAGGCGCUGGAGCUGGCACUAAAAGCAGGCAUCCUGACCCAACAGAGAGUUAUCAAAAACAAGUCCAAUAACAACAUAAAAUUCAUGCACAAGACUGUGCAGGAAUACUGUGCAGCAAAAUACUUGCAGAGUCUGAACCUUUCAUCAACCGUUGGAUUGUUGACGCGUGUGAAGAACAAAUUGAACAUGAUUAAAUAUCAGAGGAUUUUGAAUCAACUGUGUUCAACAUUUGAGGGUGUUGUUUCGAAUGAGUUUCUCUUUCGUUUUUGUUGCGGUGACAACGAGAAGUGCAUGAUGGACAUCGUAAACUUGCUUGACCGUAAGUUCAAUAAGGAUAGGCCCAGGUACCAAUCAAGUGUCAUACAAGCGAUUAGUCGCAAUUGCUUUCUUGAAAGCCAGUCAGCAAAGGUCCCACUCUGUCUCACCAGCGACUCACUCAUCCCAUCAACUAUCGAGGUGUUUAAAAAUGAUGAUUUCCAAAGUCUUAUGUACCUUCUUGAAAUCAUCUGUAGGUCAGACAGCUGCAAGAUGCAGCUGGCACGAGUUACAGAUAUUUCUAUUUCCCGUGUGUCUGCCGUCAGUGAUCUAGCAUUCGUCCUGGGUUACAUGGAAAACCUCAGGAGUCUGAGGCUGUACAGAUGUUCUUCAUGGAAUGGUGGUCAUGUGAAGAUCCUGUCAUCGCUGAAAUGCAACCAACACUUGACCGAUCUGGGCUUGAAUAUCUCUUCAAGGAGAGCUGUAGAAUGGGCCCCUCAUAUCAAACACUUGACAAGCCUCAACAGACUUGAGUUGGCUUGCCAGGCGCUAGGGUGGGACAGCAUGGAACACAUUGCCUCAGCUGUAGCCAACAUGCCCAAACUGACUGACUUGAGCCUUGCUACCAACGUGAGAUUGGGCGGAACGGUCAAUUUGUGGACCACAGAAUUGCUGAAAAUGAGGCACUUAAACAGGCUGGACCUGAGUGAUUGCAGCUAUUCAGUAUCAGACGCUGAACACAUUAUCGCAACUGUAGCUGACAUGCCCAAACUGACUGAGUUGAUCCUUGCCGGCAAUGGGAAUUUGAUCGGAAAUGCUAAGUUGUGGGCCAAGGAAUUGCCGAAAGUGACGCACUUAAAUAGGCUGGACCUGGGCAAUUAUGUUUUGGAUCCUACAGACAUUGAACACAUUGCCUCAGCUGCAGGUGACAUGCCCAGACUGACUGACUUGAUCCUGGCUGGCAACCGUAGAUUGGGCGGAUUGGCUGAGCUGUGGGCGAAGGAAUUGCCAAAAAUGAUGCACUUAAAAAAGCUGGAUCUGAAACAUUGUUCUUUGUUACCAACAGACAUUGAACACAUUGCCUCGGCUGUAGGCAACAUGCCCAGACUGACCAACUUGAUACUUGCCCCCAACUGGAAAUUGGCUGAAUUGGCUCAGUUGUGGGCCAAGGAAUUGCCCAAAAUGGUCCACUUAAAAAGACUGGUCCUGAGAGAAUGUAAAUUGACACCGUCGGACUUUGAACACAUCGCCUCGGCCGUAUGCAACAUGCCCAGUCUGACUGACUUGAUCCUGGAUAAGAACAAAGCUUUGGGCGCGUCGGCCGAGUUGUGGGCAACGGCAUUGCCGAAAAUGAGGCACUUAAGUAGGCUGGACUUGAGCCAUUGCAACUUGACACCGUCAGACAUUGGACGUGUCACCUCUGCGGUAGGUGACAUGCCAAGCCUGACUGACUUUUUCCUUGCUGGCAACCCGGGAUUGGAUGGAUUGGACGAGUUACAGUCCCGCCUCCCGUCGCUUAAUGUUCACGUGGAAACUCACUUGUCUUGAGUUACUACUUAUCACAUGAUCCAAGUGUUGACAUUCUCAAUAAUUGAUAGCAAUCAGUUUACAAGACGAAAUUAAAGAGCUGGGGGAAAUAAGAAUAUUUGGGUAUGCUGAACAGAACUACGAAACUAAAGUUUAGGCGAAGGUUUUGUGAAAAUUGGGAUAUGUUGCUCUCAGCCACAUUUGACAUAAAAACAGUGGGGUUUUUUUUGAGCCACACUGACAGUUUUGUUUUCGAGAAUAUCUCAACCGUGUGUCCUACAAAAACAAUAAUUAACACUUUGAAAUUGGAGACUUGUGCACAUUCCAAAGAACAAAACAGAUCACUGAUAAGUGUCAUUCCAGGAUGCCUGUUUGCAAUUUUACACAAACAUCAUAAGACAUGGUUGAUUCAGAUCUUCAGUAGGGUCGGGUUGGGUGUCAGACAAUUAGCUGUUCGCCCUCUAUGUACGGAACGGUGGUUUGCCAUCAAAGUCAACUUACACUCUUAUAAGUCCUGGGUCAGAUUCGACCCAGAAUCCGGGUCAGAUAGGACCUGACUCUCGUCCAGGUCAAAAUGACAAUUUGUCCUGCAAAAUUACACUUUUCCUAAUAAAAAAAACAAUAAGUUUGAAUGUCAUAAUGAUGAUUAUCUGGCUCAAACUACUGCAAAUGCGACUCACAGAAUUAUCUGAAUCUAUUUUUGUUGGUGUAAACAAUAUUGAAUGUACUAUAAUGACAACGUAUAAAGGCAAACCUUGACAAGUUUGUGUACAAACUCCUAAACAUUUAGUUAUUUACUUCUUGGUGAAUGUAUUUUGUGCAUUGCAU